UUGCGAUUGGUUCAAAAUCCAUAACUGGCCUCUGAGAGCCAGGUGUCGUUCACACCGCGGCCUCGCGCCUCGCUCGUCUCGUUAAUCAUUCGUGUUCGCUAUUGUUAAAGCGCGGUGUACGUACAGCCAUCUUUGUCAAAUUACGGGCGAUUCAAUUACAUUAAUUCGGUUUGUUUGUGGUACAGAAUCUAAUGGAACAAAACGCGGAAUCGACGCGUCGUUUGAUAGAGUCGUAUACAUUUCUACAUUCUCUUUUGUUCCAAUACGGCAGGACGACGCGCUUCGUUGAAUGAAUGUGUUACGGCGGCGAUAACAACUAGACAACCAUUAUAAUGAUGGAUGAUAUCGUAUUUUGCAAAAACAGUGUAAAGUGAUCGUUUUUGUGAAUAAUGUGAAGGGUGUUGUAAAUGUUUGUGUUCGGGUGUGUAAGCGAUAAAAAUUGCGUCGUAAUUCAGUUGUAUACAUUGCAUAAAUGAGUGAAAUGGCGAUGCGGAGCGCGCGGGCCGGAGCAUGCGCGCCAGUUUCCUUGCAAUCGCUGGGAACGCACUGAUUGUCCUUCGUUUACCUGUAAAUCAAAAUGGGAAGGUCCAGAUUCCCAGGCAAACCGCUCAAAUUCCAUAACAGAAAGCGUAUUAGUGUUUUAUCGGGCGCUGUUUAUCAUGAAACUGCUCCAGAGAAUCAGCCGCCCGCCCGUGGCUCGACGGCCACUGAUUUUGUUGGGGAGAAAGAGGAGGAAGAAAAGAAAGAAAACAAUAAUGAGAGUGAGAUAAAUGACACUAGUAACAAUAAAGUGAUUGAGAAUCCUAUACCUUCGUUAACAAAGGACAGUGAAGACCAAGAACUCUCUAAAUCACCAGUGCGCACAAGAUCACAAAAUAAAAUGGAGCCAACAAAGGGAGAUAAACCAAAACCAGUGAAGAAAACAGUCACUUUUGGCACUGUCGAAAGCUGUGAUGAUAUCUAUCUCCCACUGAAGAAAAUACCAAAACAUCAUGCACCCCUUGUUCCAAUCAUUAAAAAGAAAUCUGCUUUAAAACCAAUGGAAUACUCCAGCAUUCUCAAACCUGCUAAGUUGACAGACUUGAGUUCAAAGUCCUCUUUAGAUCAUCAGGAAGGAUAUCUUAGAAAGAAUUUGCAUCCAUUAUCUAAACCAAUGAACAAAUUUUCACAAUUUACUGAAAGCCGCUGCAUGUCACCACCACCCAGGAACACAUCACCAGUAGAUAAGGAAAGUGGAUCUUCAAAGUUUGUCUUACCAGCUAGGAGCAGUCACUCCUCAAGGGUGAUAAAGCCUAAUAAAAGAUUUAUUGAUGGAGAAGAACAAGCAACUAUCGCAAGCAGCAUAUCAUCAGGGAAAGUUCUGAAGAAACCAAAAUUAAAGAGGUUAGUUUUCAAUAACUUACAUGAUGAUGAUGAUACACCAGAAGAUGACCAAGAUAAAACAAAACAACAGUCUCUAAAAUCAUCCAACCUCUUCAAAGAUAAAACUACAAAUUCUUUCUCUGGUCUUAGCACUGGCCCCAGAAAAUCAAUGCAUGAUCUGUUCUCCUAUGAAAAAGAACCUGAAUAUUCUCAGGACGAGAAUUCAAACCUGGAAGGUCUGGAAAAGUUAAAAACAUCAGAUAAGGAGGAAAGAACAGGGCAUGCAAUGAGGAAAUUGAUGGACAUAUCAGAUGCCAGUAGUUCAAGUAGUACUAGUAGUGGUUCAGAAUCUGAAGAAAGUUGGGAAAGUGAUAGUCCUGGUGGGAGUGGGGAUGAAGAAGAGAGGCCAGCGCCACCCAGUCCUGAGAAAGAAAAGACUUCUGCUUCUCAGUUGCUUAGAGGGAAGGUGAUAAUCAGGGAAGCCCGGCUACAACUGAACCCUCCUGCUCAAUCAACUUCUGGUCUUGAUGGGCCCUUCUCUACAACAACGACAUGUUCAUCUCCCAACCCACCAACAACUGUCACAUGUGGAGUAUGUGGUGCAGUUCGUUUCUACAGGUUUGUGAAACAAGCCAGGAAGUUUGGGAUAUACUCCUGUGAGUCUUGUCGAAAGUUCAUUUCAAAGAUGUUGAAGAAAGAAAAGAUGUCCCAACGAACUGGACCAUUUGUUAUGCAGUGCUUGCAGGGUGAAGGAAAUUGCCAUGUACCACCCAUAGUUAGAUCCCAGCAAUGGAAGCUGCUAAGGUGUACCAACCAAGCCCGUUGUCCAGCCUGUUGGUUGAAAAUGUGUCUGAAGGCAUUCCAAGUGCCACCCAGUAUAAAAGCCGGUUUGACAGCAAUGUUGCCGCCUUUCAUGAGGUCUGGAGUGAAGCCAGUUGGGCCUUUAACACAAGUGAACCCAUUGAGGAUUGGCUCCAACAAUUCUACAGUACCAGUGUUUGCAUUGCCUAGUACAGAAAAUGAGAAACUCUUUACAAGUUUAAAAUCAUCCAAAAAGUCUUCUGAAGAGGUUGAAAGGGUUGAGGAGAAGCUUCAGAAAGACACAUCUUCUGAGGAAGUACUUAGCAAAGAGUUAAGCGCAAACAGGAAACGUCGCAUAUCAAGGACCAAAGUAAGAAAGAAAGAUAAGAGUGAAUCCAAACAAACUGAAGAUCCCAAACGGCAGAAGGUAGAACUCAAAGGACCUAGAGUUAAACAUGUUUGUCGAAGUGCUUCAAUAGUGUUGGGCCAGCCUAUAGCAACAUUCCCGACGCAAGAAGAGAAAGAUAAGGAAAAAGUCACAGAUGAUGAUCAGAUGUCAAUUGAUAAAGAUUCAGCAACACCAGACUUGUCAAGUUGUGAAUCUGAACCAGACACCGAAAACAAGGUACCAUUGGUUACCUUGGAGACACCAGAAACUGAUAAAGAUAUAGAAGUUGAAAUCACAGCAGAAACUAAAAAGAGAAAGGUGGAGAUACCGAUUAAGGCACAAAAAAUAGAGUCUAGUGAGGAUGAAACUGUUAUGGACCUUGUGCCUAAGAAGACUGUUGUGAAACCUCUAUCAAAUGUUACCAAUGUACGAGGAAGAUCCCAAAAAUGUGGACAAAACAGAUCGGAGUUGAUUUGUGUUGACUUCUGGGAAAGUUACGAUCCAGAUGAAGUGUGCAGUUCUGGUUUUGGUUUGAUUGGGACUGCUUCUUUCACUGUUGCCAGGCUGUGUUUCCUAUGCGGAAGUGCCGGGAAAGAAAAGAUGAUCGCCUGUUGGAGUUGCUGCGAGUGGUACCACUCUUGGUGUGCGGAAGAGGCCGGCGGCGGGGCGGGCUGGACUUGCGGCCGGUGCGUGGUGUGCGCGGCGUGCGAGAGACCGGCCGCCCGCCGCAGCUGCAGGAGUUGCGGCCGACAUUACCACGCCGGCUGUCUGCCCGCCGCGCCGCAGGAUCAUCGUAGCGACUAUACGCAGAUUUGCAGCGAAUGUCUGAAAUGCAAAAGCUGCGACAGCCGACGAGUCAGCAAGUUUGUGGGGAGCCUACCAUUCUGCGGGCCUUGCUUCAAGCUGAGACAGAAGGGUAAUUACUGUCCACUGUGCCAGGCCUGCUACAGGGACAACGAUUUUGAUAGCAAGAUGAUGGAGUGCGGGUCGUGCAGAAGAUGGGUGCACGCCAGCUGUGAAGGGCUCUCCGGCGAGGGCUAUCAACUGCUGUCGGCCCUCCCGCCGUCUAUCGAAUAUAUAUGCUGCAAAUGCAUGCCCACCGACCCACCUUGGAGAAGAAUGCUCACAGACCACCUCAAAGGAAGACUCCUACAUCUACUUAAACUCCUCGCGAAAAACAAAAAUGCCUGCGCGCUACUCAAAUUAACCCCACAUAAAAAUACUCCCGUCCCUAACAAACCGUAUCGACUCAUGUCGCCGCAAGCGAUAAGGAAGCUUCAUUUCGAUGGCGCUGAUGAUUCCAUGAAGAAUACGACAGAGACAAAAGUAUACCGAAACACUGCUAGGGGAAGACGAAACAAUAAGCCUGAUGAUGCUAAUUCUCAGAUAUGGCACUGCUCAUCAUUGCUAAAUGAAGCUAUAGACAAAGAUGUUCCGCAUCCUUUGCAUAAGGUAGUCAAUCUCCAAGAGCCCUUGAUGCAGAACAAAGAGAUUUGCUUCUCAACAGGAUUGUACGGCACUAAGACAGAGUUCGACGCUCCUUGUGUGGAAGUGCAUGAAAAUUUCACGCCACAAAAAACUGAGAAAGCGACAACUAUGUUGCCGACGACUGUCCACGACGAUAAGUAUGAGGCCAUAUCUGAUGAUGAUGAACCAAUGAAACCAUUCUCAGAAACUCGAAGCGAACAAGACCUGAGUCCAGCCCUUGUUAGGGCAAACAUGGAAACUGAUAAUGUGAAUCGAAUUGUAUCACCAUCUUUGUUAGACAUCAAAAAAAGAGUUAAUAAUGACGAGUAUGUAUCUCUGAAAGACUUCAAUCACGAGAUGAAGGAUGUGAUUGAAAGAACAGCAAGUAUUGACCUCAAAGCGAUAUAUAAGGAACUAUUCACAGAGACAUUCCCCUGGUUUGACUGUGAAAAUAACUGUUUGCAACCAAACUUGGAGGUUGAAGGUGAACAAGAUGACACAGAAUCUCUGAAAGAUCAUGAUAUAACUGAUAACAAAGAUGAUAAGUCUGCUAUUGAGAAACCAUUAGAUCAAAUUGUGCCAAAAUUGGAAGUUGAAGAUAAUUUGGAAGAGGAAUUACUUGAUUUUUAUUCAAUAGAAGAUUCAAGGAUUUGUGUCCUAUGCAAAGUGUCUGGUGAUGGAUUGCCGUCUUUGGAAGGGCGACUUUUAUAUUGUGGGCAGAAUGAUUGGAUUCACGCGAAUUGCGCUCUUUGGUCGGCUGAAGUGUUUGAAGAAAUUGAUGGUUCCUUACAGAAUGUGCACUCGGCUAUAUCUCGUGGUAAAAUGAUCAAGUGCGCUGCGUGUGAAGUGAAAGGCGCUAGUGUAGGCUGUUGCGCCAAAAACUGCAGUGAAACAUAUCACUACACAUGCGCCAGAAAAGAUAAUUGCGCAUUUAUGGACGAUAAAAGGGUAUUCUGCCCAGCCCACGGGAAAGAUGUCCCAAAAAAGAGUUUACAAAAAGACGCCGACUUUGAGCUUACACGACCAGUUUAUGUCGAGCUAGACAAGAAGAAGAAGCGUUAUAGUGAAAUUAACAAAGUGCAAUUCCUACUUGGAUCUUUGACAGUCAAUUCCCUGGGAAAGAUAGUACCCUCAGUCUCAGAUUUUGAAGAGUUCCUAAUGCCAGUUGACUUUUCAUGUACUCGCCUAUUUUGGUCGAGCAAGAAGCCUUCUAAAAUAGUCAGAUAUACUAUUAAAACAAAACUUUUAUUAGCUGAACCAUUGCCAGGUUUCGACUUUGGAGUAAAUAUAACUGUUGAUCACUCAAUGGAAGUUCAAGUUGUCGAUAGAGUGAUAGCUGAAAUUGGUGCUUGGCAUAAAAGCCUAGAAACUGGGUCCAGCAAGACUGUUAUGAUGUUGAAAAGCGAUAAAUCGCCGAUUAAAUUUGGGAACAAUGUUACGCUUGAAGAUCUGGCCGUGAAACAAGUAGUUGAAUAUCUUCUCGAUAAUAUUUGCAAACAAGAACAGCAAGACGAAGAAGAACCUCAAAACACUGCGGAUUUAUUCCCACCUGAAGUAAAAGACGCCAUCUUUGAAGAUCUGAACCAUGACUUAUUAGAUGGCAUAUCAAUGCAAGAUAUAUUCCAAGAUUUGAAGAACGAAUUCUACUGUCAAAUCCAAUCUGAUGAUAAGAGUAAUGAUAUUGACGAACUUUUAAAUGCCAGACUGGAAUCAGGGCGACAGAAUCAUAACUUUAAGACUUUGACAACAGGACGUGGCCAACAAAGAUCUAGCAGUCUUAAUCUGAACAAUAAAUUUGAUACUAGUUUUCUUUCAUCUACCAUAAAGAGAUGCAAAAUGGGUAAAACCUCAACAGUAACUGGAAAACUAAGUCCAGUUCAAAGAGCUAUGUUAUUAGAAACUGCAUUAGAUGCAAACAAGGAUGCAGAGGGUAAUAUGGAAAAGAAAUUAAAAACUGAGGAUAGUAAUAAUACAUCUCUAUGUGAUGAAAGUCCACAUACCUCAGGGCUUAAUUUCCGCCCUGCUUCUCCUAAGAAAGACGAAAGUACUAAUGAAAAACCAGAUAAGACAGAGGGUUAUUAUACAGAUGUUAUUGAUUUCUACACUAAGAUUCAGUGUAGCCCCAUUUCCCAACUGGAUGGUGCCGCUGAUUGGUCAGGAUCGGAAAGUACGUGUAGUUCCCGCCCAAACAGUCCGCGGAAUAAUGAAGAAGACUUUUCGCCAAUUCAACAACUAGAUGGCGCUGAAGAUAACCAUCCUAGUGACAACGCUCAAAGAAAUCAAGCAAAUCAGUUUAUGUAUCGAGCCAGUGGGUCUGAGAGUACUUACACUGUAACUAUCGCUGGCAAUUCCAUAAGUGGACAGCCUGAACUCGUUAUGAGGCCUUUGGAUGACGUUUCUGGGGCUUCUGGACAGUUGGAACACUUAGUAAGAUGUGAUAGAUGCCAGUGUACUUACAGAAAUAAGGAGUCAUAUGAUAGGCAUGUACCGACUUGCGAUAUGAUGUCCACAAGUGAGAGCGAAAGUGAAAAUCCGAAGUCGCCAGAAAAUAGAACAUUGACGACAUUGCAGAAUGCAUUCCAAGGAGCUUUUGCUCAACCAAUGAUCAUACAUGCAGGAGUCGUCAGUGGCAGCGAAAACACCGUGAAAGCACAGAGCAUUUCUGCUAGAAGAACAUCAAUUAAUACCAGACAGAUCACUAUUAACGGUACUAUCGUCGAGACCCCAUCUCCAGGGCCGUCGAAUGAAAUGACGAUGACUAUUACAGAACAAAUGAAAUCUGGCACGGUUAUCUUUGAUCAGAGCAAAACCACGAACGUGCAAGCGUCUGCUAAUCAACAAGUGUUAUCAUCUCCGCAAAUCGUUGUUACGCCACAAAUGUUAUUACCACCUAAAACAAGCUCGGCCGGUGGGCAGAAAAUCAUGACGCCCCAAAUAAUAACCCAGCCUGGUAUUUUACCGUACAACAUAUGUGUAAAACCAGGUAAUGGCAAUAACUUACAACAAAUACAAGGAAGCGAUAUGGCACAGUUGCUAUCAGGGACAGGAGGCAUUCAAGUUAUUUCUUCAAACUCCAACCAAGUCCUCACAAUACCAUCAAAUCAAGGGAAUAUAACACCACUAAUGCAAGGCAAAAACCAAGUCACAAAUUUCCCAAAUAUGGCUAGUGCUACUUCAAUCGCACUCCCAGUAAAUUCUCUUCAAGGAAUGCCAAAUGCUUCGAUUAUUCAAAAUAUUCAACCCAUGAUUCGACCACAAAUACAAGGAAACCCUACUAUAGUUGUUCCUGCAAUGUCAGCGCAGAGACUGGCCUCGCCAAGUACUCAAAAGCAACAGAUUCUAUUACCGGGGAAUCAAAAAUCGCCUAAGAAACAACCUCAACCAGUUCAGCCCAAACCAAUAUUCCAAGCUGCUAACAGAGGCAGAGGUCGGCCAAUACCUAAGCCCACUACAAUGAAAAGACAUACUAAAUUAGAAAAAACGUUUACUACAAUCAAUCAAUCGCCAUUAGGACCUGGCAAUACUGUUAUACAGCUACAAACGAAUAAUCAAACUGGACAACCGUCUAUCAUAGUACAACCUGUAGCCAACCAAAACAUCAUGUCUGCCUAUGUUGAGGCACUAUCUCAGCAGCAAAACCAAAAUAUGCAGUAUAUCGCCACGAUAGCGCCUCAAGGCGACUUCAAGACUGGGCCAACCCAAUUCAUUUCACAAGGCGGUCUCAUGCCGCAAACAUUCCAAAUUCAACAAACGGAGUCAGGAGGGUUGGUUGCAGUUCCCAGUGGUGGAAUCCCAGUGUUACUCCCUCAAGGAAAUGUUGGGAUAUUGCCCCAAACCCUACAACAAGGCGCAACAAUUUUACCACAAGGCGCAAUUCAGACUCAAGGAAUUAUAUCACAAGGACCAAAUGGACCCACUAUUCUUCCCCAAGCGAUCCAUACGCAAAAUGGCGCGACAUUAAUACCUCAAGGAACAAUACAGGGAUUGACCCCUGGGAAUAUUUCAUCUCAAACUGCGACGUUAUUGCCGAAUAAUACGUUACAAACGGCGGGCGCCACAGUCGUCCCUCAAAGUGGAAUCGGUAAUGGACAAACAACGAUAAUUCCUAAUGCAUUGCCAUCUCAAGGCAAUGCUUUGAUAUCAUCGGCUCCCGGAGCUACAAUUCUACCGCAAGGAACAUUACUACCCCAGUUUUGUAACGACCAAGUCAUACUUGGGUCCACACCAACUUUAGAAAUGGUCACAGAUCCGUCUGGUUGUAUGUAUUUGACGACUACACAACCGGUCUACUAUGGAUUGGAAACAAUAGUACAGAAUACUGUCAUGUCAUCUCAACAGUUUGUGUCAACUGCUAUGCAAGGAGUACUUGCCCAAAAUAGUAGUUUUUCAGCUACGACAACUCAAGUUUUCCAAGCCAGUAAAAUUGAACCGAUAGUAGAGGUACCAUCAGGUUAUGUAGUCGUUAAUAAUGUUGGAGAUGGAGUGGCGCAAGUAACGUCUACGCCAAAUGUAGCUGCUCAGUCUGUCCAGUCGUCACCGCCAACACUGAAAAAUAUAAAAACAACAGUACCGAAUCUGACAUUGCAACCAUUGCCGGACAAAUCGUCAAAUAAUCGUCAGACUCCAAAAGUUAUCCAGAUGAGCCCAUCGCCAAUGCCUAUAGGUUCACAAGGCAAUAUUAUUACUGCGAGGCAGAAUAUUAACCCUAUUACCUCACAAAUACAUGGCAUGACGCUGUCGAGUACUCCCCAAAAUAUACAAAGAAGUAUUGCCAAGCCAAGCAAUGUAACGAUGUCGCCAAACGUGACUCUCGUAGCAUCGAUCGGACAGCCAGUUAUGGCUAUUUCGCAAUCUGUGCCUAAUUCUGUUCCAUCCUUCUCCUUGCAAUCCAUACCUCUAUCGCAACCGAUAGUGUCAAGUUCAAUAGCACCUUCUGCCAACAAAAAUAACAUGAAGAUUGAGAACUCGCAUGUUAUUGAAAUAAGUGGAAAUCUGCACGAAAGUUCAAAUUCUUCUAGCAUGCCAACUAUAAGUGUUACACAGAGUUUAAAAUCUCCGACACCAUGGAGGCAAAUAAACACACCAAGCAAUGUUAACACAGAUAAAAUUGAUAUGCAUAAUAUGACGGUGAAGACGAGUAAUAGUUGCUCUAUAAAUAUUCAGAGCAAUGUCCCAGGAAGACCACACCACAAUGAUGUGGAAAAAGUUAAUCAGAAUUGUUUGAUGUCUUUGACAAAUAAUGGCAUGUCAGGAGUCAAUUUGCAUGCCCAUCAAUUUGAGUCUAAUUUGAAUGUCAGUCAACAUUCGUCAUCCCACUCUACAAGCAAUAAUGUUAUACAAAUAACAGCUGGAAACAUAUAUCCUCCUUCUUCAGUCAUGAGUAGCAACUUUGAUGCUGACACUACAUUGAAAUUGAGCAAAAUUAACGCUCUGUCGAAAGCUGAAGGUGGACAUUUAAAUUUCUCGCAAGAAAUUAUGGCGUCGCAUUCACAGCAGCACGCCCAAAAUGAUAAAACUUUUCAAAAUAUGGGUAACAAUGAUAACAAACAUAACGAUAACAUAAACAACCAAAUGAAUAUUCAUAAACUUAACAGCUGCCAAGUAGCUAGCAAUAUGAAUAGCACACCAUCUAUCAGUAUUAUACCGCAUAAUGUAAUGCGACCACCAAUGCAAAACAAUCAGAACUCUAUGCCUGUUGGUAAUAAUCAAAAUCAAAUGUGCUCUAUAUCAAAUACAUCCCACAGUCAAGUCCAAAUAAUGAAUUCUGGUAACAAUUCGAUGCAGAAUAUGAAUAUGUCCUGCCAAGAAAGUACAAACAAUAGAGUCAACAUUACUGUAUCAAGUGACAACAGUCAGCAAAAUACCUCUCAGCAUGACAUAUCAAAUUCAAUGAACUCUUCAAGCAUGACUCAUGGGAGUAUGCAAAUUAUAGCGCACGAUAAUAACCAACAUGCAACUCCCAAUCAAAUUCAUAUAAUGAAUGGACAAAUCCAACAUAACCAACAUAGCCGACAAGGUGAAAGUAACAAUCAAAUGCAACAAAUGAAUCAACCAUCAUCUAAUCGAUCUUUUCCCGACAAUGUACACGGAGGUCAGUCGAACAUGUUAUCAAACAGAAGCACGCCCGACAAUGCCAAUCUUAUGAAUCAGUCAAUGAAUAUGCAUGGACUUAACAAUCAUAGCAUGAAUAGAAACGAACUCAAUGAUUUGAAUCACAUGCAUAUGCAACAGUCCAUGUCCAAUAUGAAUAAUAUGCAGAACAAUCGAAUGAUAAUGGAGAACAUGCAGUCUCACAGUAUGAACAAUAUGGGUCACCAGAUGCAUUCAAAUAGGUCGAUAGAUAACAUGCACAACAACCAAUUGCAUUCAAUGCAGCCAAUGAAUCACCAUAUGAACAAUAGUGGUCGUUCACAGAUCGAUAAUAACAUGCUUGUAAACCAGCAAAUGUCGCUUUCUCAAAACAGACAGCUGGAUAACAUUAGUCAUCAUCACCAACAUCAAAUGCCGAAUGUUAUGCAAAUGCAAAAUAGCCGAUCGCAUAUGGAUUCCAACUUGAUGGGAAUGCAUCAACAUGUUCCUAAUCAAAUGCAUAACAGGCAAAUGGAUAACAGCAUGCACAUGCACCAUAUGUCUGGAAAUACCAAUAUGAAUAUGAACAGCCAAAUAGACAACUCGAAUGGCAUGUCAAAUAUGCACAACAGACACGAUAAUAACUCGCUUUCAAUGCAGAAUCUCAGCAACUUGAACCAAAUUCAGAACAAUAGAAGUACAAUGGAUCAUGCAUCAAUGAUGCAACAUCAAAUGCCUAACAUGAAUUCUAUGAGCAAUAUUGGGAUGCAUAGCAAUAUCAACAGUUCGAUGCAGAUAACGAACAACGGCCAUCAAUCAAUGAAUAACUCUUUAAUGCAUGUCCCUAACAUCCCAGACAUUAAAAAUGAAAUUCAAAAUUCGUGCAGCGGCAGUUGCUCAAGCACUCCGUUUCCUAAUAGUCAAAACUUUGAUAUGUGCUCAAAUAUGAACGCUAAUUCCAAUAUGAAUAUGGGCGCAAGCAAUAUCAUGCAUAAUAUGAAUGUUAAUAGUAGCUCCAACAUGAUGAUCAAUUCCGUCAAUAAUAACUCCAUGUACGGGCAGAACAAUCAAAGCAAUCUGGCGAGCCAUGAUAUGCUAAUGAGUUGCAAUAACGCAGCCGAUCAUAGCGUAAACAAUAUCAUGCCUGGCAAUUCUAAUCACCUUAUGAUGAAUAAUCCCCAGGCACACACAAACUCUAAUCAGAAUCAAUUAUUGACUGGUCAAGUCAAUAAUACGCAAAUGAAUAUGAGCAGUUGUAGUAUGGCACCCAAUAACACUCCACAAGCUACAAUGACGAAUUUGGAUAAUCAAAUAAACAGAAAUAACAUCCCUGUCAACGAUCCUCCUAAAUUUACACAAGAACCUUUGAGAGGAAAGACUAUGAUGGGAUCAGCAACUAAUACAAACAUGCCAAUGCCUAAUAUACCAAACAAUGAUUGUGCAAAAGUAAACUUAGGAAAUGAGAAACAAGCUAAUAAUAACAUAUCUGUUAAUAAUCAAAUUGGUUACAUGCAAAUGAAUGCCCAGAACAACAGGGUGAUCAACUUGCCUGAGAGAAACAGGAUGAAUAACGCAAAUAUGGACAAUAAUUUGAAUCAGCACGUGCAACAACAGCACAAUAUAAGAGUUAUGACGAACAACAAUAACAGCAAUGUAUCUGGCAUCAGUUCAGAUCCCUUGACAUUCCAACAAAAAAGUGAAAACAAUAGCACGAUGAUCAAUGUACCCUUUCAAGCUAUACCUAACAGUGCGCCUAUGAACAUCAACGUAAACUCUAGUAAUAACACUGUAAACAUAACUGUUCAGAAUAAUUUAGUUGAUCCGAAGAUAGCGUCGAAGGCUGGAACAGAUAUCAACUUUCCACUUCAACCCAACACUAAUUUACUCCAAAACCAAAAUAAUUCAGGGAAUAUGAUUUGCAUACCGGUUCAAAACAAUACUAUUAAUUUACCAACUCAAAACAGUUCUAGUAUUACGCUGCCAAAAGCACCACCGACGCAGCAAUCAGGAAUACCUACUAAUGUGGUAAAUCCAAUGUCGAUGAGGCCAAUGAACAGAGUAUUGCCUUUACAUAGAGACGGCCAGAGCAAAUCAACUAAGAGUGCUACUGUCACCAGUAAAACUCCAGCUGUACCGAAACAGAGGCCCGUCAGCCACGAUAUGCCAGAUCUCAACAUCAAAGACGAAACCAUCGAUAGCGACCUUGAAAAGGCUAUUGAAGAAUCUAAAAGAAUGAUGGAAUUGGAAAGGGUUAAAAGGGAGAAAGAAGAGAGAGAUGCGGCUCGUGCUAUGCAACUAUCAGCUGAAAUACAUCAAGCUAAUACUAGCACUGCGUCAAUUGCUGUAGAAUCUAGAGCUAGUGAACCUGUACAGCCUAAAAUGACAUCUUUGCCAAAUUUAGAUGCCGAAAUUGAAGUUGAACCGCCCAAAGUAUUAACGGAAAAAGAUAUCAAUAAAACACUGGCGUCUAAGAUGCCUAGUGCGCCGACAAAGAUAAUAAAACGACCAUUCAGUGAUAAGAAGAGUGAGUCCGAAACUGCUGUGACUAAAAAGCAGUCAAAGAAAGGUCAAGAGAACAAGGCAUCUCCACCGAAGCAGGUUCCAGAUCCACCCAAAGACGAUGGCCCUAAAUUAAUAUACGAAGUAACAUCUGAAGACGGAUUUAGCUACAGUUCGCCUUCACUAACAGAUCUUUGGGCGAAGGUGGUGGAAGCUGUUCAAAACGCAAGGAAGCAAUCAGGGUUGUCAUUGAUCAAUUACAAUUUACCGUCGAGUCUUUCGGGCGCACAUCUUCUGGGACUAAACAAUAAUGCUUUACGCUAUCUUAUUGAACAGUUGCCUGGGGCGAGUCGCUGCACCAAAUACAAGAUCCGGCAAGGUCGCCAGCUAAGCAGUUGGGAUAACAACUUGGACCUUAGUGAAGGUUUCAAAGAGAGUCCUUGGGGCAGUGCUCGCACCGGGCCUGUAGCGAGGAAACCGAGCCACGACAUGUUCAGUUGGAUGGCAUCGCCGUUCAGGGAGGAACCGCCGCCUUUUGGUGGUCAGGAAUCGGAGAGCUCUAUUUCUAGACGGCUGGCAACACUACCGCCAGCAAUGAGAUUUAGGCAGCUGAAAGAGACGUCUAAAGUGUCUGUCGGCGUCUACAGAUCUCACAUUCACGGAAGGGGCUUAUUCUGCAAGCGAGACAUUGAAGAAGGUGACAUGGUGAUCGAGUACGCCGGCGAAGUGAUUCGAGCGGUGUUGGCCGACCAGCGGGAAAAGAAGUACGAAGCUAUGAGCGGACGUCGCGGCGUUGGCGGCUGCUAUAUGUUCCGAAUCGACGAUAAUCUCGUGGUAGACGCGACGCUCAAGGGGAACGCGGCCAGGUUCAUCAACCACUCGUGCGAUCCAAACUGCUACUCCCGCGUUGUGGACAUCCACGGCCACAAACAUAUCCUGAUAUUCGCGCUGCGUCGCAUUAGCAUCGGGGAAGAACUAACUUAUGACUACAAAUUCCCCUUUGAAGAGGUCAAGAUCCCUUGCACUUGCGGAGCCAAGAAAUGCCGCAAGUACCUGAACUGAACACGCGUGAGUCUUUCUGUCAAUUAAGUCUUCAAAUCUGACAAACGUGGUUUCCAUAGUAUACGUGCCGGCCUUCGCGUCGUGCUUGUGACAUAACGGAAACUUCGGUAAGCUCGGGCAAAAUCGCCCAAGUUUUGAAUAGCAUAAUUCUAGAAGUACAUACUGACUUAGACGUAUUUUAAACAUAGAAAAUUUUUGAACGGAUAUAAAAUAAGGAACGGAACUUAUCACAGAAAUGUAAAUCGAUGGAUCUCCUGAGAAUUCUAAGUACAUUUUAGAAUUUAGAGUGGGGAAGUGUGUGACGGUUUAGGUGUGGAAUGUCCUAUUUGCAACAUCGUUGCGCAAAAUAUGCCAUAGACCAGAACAAAAAAGAAAAAUUGAAUAUUCGCCUAAUUAGAAAAAAAAAUUACAGUUUGCUCUUAAAUCUCAAAUCAAAUUUAUGAUGUGUGAGAUCAAAUUUUAUUCACAUGUUAUUUUUCGAAUCGGAUGUUUAGCGCUUAAAUCUGUGCGAGGAUGUAAUACUGGGUCGAGCACUUUGUUAGUGUAUGCAUUAUAAUGUAAGACAAUAAGUCAAAUUCACAUAUCGCGUAAUUCCCACCAAGUAUGAUACUUGUUCGGCAGACACGCUGGACACUAUACCGAGCGGCGGCUGAGUGGCUUUUUGUACCAUUUUGUAGUGCUAUCCCGCUUGUAACAUUUGUGAACGAGCAGGAUAGCACUACAAAAUGAAUAACUGAGCACCAUGACUUGUUAACUGGCCCUGGCCCUCGGUAUAAAAUCUUACGUGAAUCUUGUUAUGAUCUCUUUCUUGAAUCUGCCCAGUGUUUACAAUUGUUGGAUUGUAUAAUUUGGACUUAGUUUUUACUUAAUAUCUUUAUUUUGUGAUAAGCUUAUACAUUUUGUAAAUAUUUUUUUUAAAGUUGCGUUGUUUUUGGAUGGAUUGGUCGCGAACUGCCAAGUGUUUUACACUUAGAUGUGAUAUGUUUAGCCCCGUUUCGGGUACGAGUAUGGUUAGUGCGUAGGUAGUGUACAUUUGUUCCUCAUUUUCUUAUUGUUUACUUGUGAUCAGUUAAGUCUCGACUAACAUAGCGGCGAUCGUGUACAUAUAUACCGAAGGGAAAUCUAGGAUACUGACUAAUCAUAUUGAAAUUAGUAUAUUCAAAAAGAAGGGUAGCAAGGUUACAAGUACAAUGUACUUUUUAGUAAUUUUAAUGAGUAUUGUAUAGUGAAUUUGUAAAUAAGAGGAAUUAUCUGUCAUAAUAAUGAAGUUAAGAAACAAAUCGUUUUAUUGUAGUCAUAGUAGUAGGUUGUAUUUGAUUUUAUGAUUUAUUUUGUAUAUAAUAAGGUUGUAAUGAACGGGGCAGAAAUGGGCGCGAGGCCUCGGGCCUUCAGGAGACUACCAGUUACACAGCACGGUUUAACAAGAAUGCACAUUUUUAGCUUUAAUACAAUGACAGCACAGCUUAUUUCCAAACACUUUUUAAAUGGAUUUAAAUCAUCUUUCGUCGUAUGAUUUGUUUGAUUGGCAGUAAUAUAUUUUUAGCAUAUUAAUUCUCUAAGCAUUUAUGGACUGGACAUCGGUAACACAUCACAAUAAAAUCAUCACAGUUAGAGGCCGAGCUACUAAUUCACAAUGACUAGUAACACAUUAAUGUUAGUUAGAUGCAGAAGUAAUAUAGAAAUUACCAUAUAAGUUGUCAAUAGCCUUACAUAAUACGUAUCCGGUAUAGAUAAUAAAAUCUUAUUAUUUCCUAUACUCUAAAUCAGUAUCCAGAAUAACAGGAAGCAUAAGUUAGAUUUAAUAUUACCGCCACAGUCCUGCUUUUAAAAAAAUUAUGGCGGAUUAUCACCGUCGUGCGAUAUAAUCUUUGCUUUUCUAUAUUUGAACCAUUUUGAAUGUAUUGAUAAAGAUGGAAGUUUAAAACCAGUUGCAAGAGAAACAUUUCAUUUACAAAUGAGUGCCAGCGACUUAAGUUCUAUACCAAAUUCUCUCUAUUUUUAUCUGUAUUUCAUUUUUGCGGGCUCCUAUUUGUACUUUCUGGAGUAAUACUCCAAAGCCAAGACCGUUUUUAGAUUUUUUUUCCUAUUGACAUCUUAUUGGCGGUUGGUUCAUUUAUAGAAACACUUAUCAUUAAGCAAUCUGAAUGCCAUAGGGUAAAUUGUCUAAUAUAUUUUGUUACUGCAUCUAACAAUAGCAGUAUUAACUUAAUAUUGUCCCCAAGUAUUUUAUAGUAUAAAACAAUGGAGCAGAUUAAUAUAGUAUGAAAAUGUUCUAGAGUAAGCCUAGUAAUUUUCAAAAUUUGUACACGAUAACAAUUUGUUUGGGUAACAUUUUAAGGAGAUAUGAUUAACGAAUAUAAUGUUAAAGGUCAAAAUAGAUACAAUGCCUUUCUGUUAUAUAAUAAAAGGGUCUUAUAGAAGUAUAUAACCCACCAAAUUUGGAUUUUUUUUUAACGAAUAAAUCUAAAUCGUGUGACCAGUAUAUGAUUUUUGAGGAACCAUCAAAAAUGCACCAAUUUUAAAGAAAUCUUACCUUUCAAACUCAAUAAGAGUUAGAUAUGUCAGAUUUUUUGUUUCUUUUUAAACAUCAUGGAGCCUAUUUGUGUAAUCGUAGAAGACUGACAAAAUUAUACUUCUGUAACACACUUUAUUAGAAAAAAAAGGUAAUUUGAUAUUCAAACAGUACAUACUUUUGUUUUUUUUUGUUUUGAAAAAAUAUACUGUUUUAGUUUUGGAAUUACAUUUUCAGAAAUCAGCUUAUGGGAGUGAUUUCACAUUUUUUCUAAGGUCCUUUAUCAAUUGUUUAACAACCUGUACAUUGUAAAUAUAAAUAGUGUUGUAUUUGUGUUGUAUUGUAGGGUGUUAACAUUAAAAUAGACGGAUUGUUGAGCUAAGGAUAAACGGACCAGUAGGGAUGUUACAAGAUACAGCUCCUACUCGAUAAAAAACAAAGCUGCCCCCGUAGAGAACGCGAUAGUUUUUUGCGCGCUAAAACGGCGACGCGCGUGCCAUGCUGCGGGGGCUGUAGUAAUAUGAUACAAGGACACAAUUAAAUAUUACUUAAGUACAUAAUUGUGGUCUUACAAUUUUGAGCCCUACAUACUUUUUACAGGUGUGCAAAUUGAAAUGAAAAGCUUUUAAUUAAAUUCCAAUAGAUAGUCUCUGUAAUACGUACUUUGUAGCUAUUUUUAUCGACUGCGAACUGUGUCAUGUAAUUUAACGAUCCUAAUGGUGGCUGUGACUCUGUCAAGUUGUAAGCGCCUAAUAAGCCAGGACAUAUCCCUAUAAGCUAGUCUGUAUCUGUUGUAACCUGUCACUUGAAGACCCACAGCCAUCGCGCGAGGCCGAUCUUAUCGAACGGUUGAUAUUUGUUUACAUUUUGAUAUGAGAUAGUCGGAAUUAUAGUUUACAUCGAGUAAUGAUAAUAAAUAAAAAGUACAGGUAAUUUUAAUCAUUAUACUUAACAAUUAUUUUUUUAAAUUAGUUUUAUAUUAAACAUAAUAUUAACAUUUCAUUUCAACUUCCUGGUUCUUGUAUUUUUUUUAAAUAUUGACAUGAAGGUAGAAUUUGAUGGGUAAUUUACUUGCCGAGUCGAUUCGAACGCCUCUAGAGGAAAACUUGUUUGAUAGGCGAGCGGAACUUGAAAAUAUGCUUUAAAAUUAUGUUAUUUUAUUAGUCCUGUAUACUUUUAAUUAAAAGACCAAAUCACCAAGUGAUGAAUCAAUUGAGUUUAUUGUAAGUAUAAACAUCUGCUCUUGAUAUUAUUUUUUGUGUUAAAAAUAAUGCUUUUAUUUUUAAUGUACACAAUGCCAUUUUGCCUAAUGUUAUUAUAAAUUAUAUUGAAUUGCUUUAAAAGCACCAAUUUUACAAUGCAUAGUUUCUAUGACCUGUCUAUACAUUUUAUUACUUUAUUUAUUUCUAUGAUUAUUUUGUAUUGUGGUAAAUUUUACCAAAAAUAAAAAUACUAAAAUGUGCUUUA